GCACUACACUCACAGCAACAUGGCUGCCGCCUUAGCACGAAUUGGAAGACAACUUACAAUAACACAUUUCUUCUGCACACGAUGUGGAGAUGCUUUUAAACAUUCUUCAAGUGUCACAGGUCUACAACAAAGAAAACCCUUGACAAUUCUAUCUCAGCCAGCACAGUUUUUCAGCACAAAAACCCAGGAGUCUCCAAAGGCAUAUGACCAGAGUACAGAAGAGGAUGAGUUAUUUCGACAAGUAACAGUAGAGGUGAAGAGCCAUGACAAAUCUGUGCUGAAAAGCUACUCCCAGUUUGUGUCGAUGGCAGCCUCUGAGCUAGGGGUCAACAUAGCUAGAGUGUUUGAACCCCCCAAGGUUAUUACACGUUACUCAUUGCUGAAAUCUGUGCAUAUUUAUAAGAAGCACUUUGUACAGUAUGAGAUUCGGACUCAUUUUGCAGUUUUUGAGCUGAAGUAUCUGACUGGAUCUACAGCAGAUACUUUCUUAGAGUAUAUACAGAGGAACCUACCAGAGGGAAUGGCUAUGAAGGUCUCCAAGUAUCGUUUAGAAAGGUUGCCUGCUCACCUUUCUUCCCCUCCAAAACCACAGCCAGAGUUGUGAAAAAGGGCUUUAGGAUGACUGUAUGCACUUCAUAACAGGAUAGUCCAUUUGUUCAUUGAUGACGUUUAUUGUCUUGUUCAGUCUGGAUUAUGUUUACAUUAAACAUUGUAUCUUCUGCCUUGA